AUGUAUCUCUUCUUGGCGUUAACGGCCAGCUUUGCUGGGCUCUCCUUGGCAGCCAUCUUCAGACAACCAGCACAUGUACCAGAAAACAUGCAAGAGACGUGUACAAUGAAGCUUGAUCGAGGUGAUGGCUGCUGUCCAAGGCCGAACAACACGAUUAGAUACUUCUUCGAUCCGGAACUAGAGCAAUGUUUUCCCUAUCUUUACGAAGGAUGUGGUGGUGGGCGGAACACUUUCUACACAGAAUUCGAAUGCAGAACUAUCUGCAUUCCAGGUUUGUUCCCUUCGAAGGCAUUCUCAAAUAUUUUACCCUCCUAG